AUGGAAAUAUUGCAUAAGUUUAAACAAAAUGGCUAUUUCACAUCCGAUUUGUACCAUUUACUGGCCAAGAAGAAGCUGGUGGACCCGUCACAAGAGAUCAUUCCAUCGCAAUAUGCAAAAGAAAUGAAAAUGAAUACGGCGGAAAGGAUUCAAAACUUGAAUAAUAUUCAAGUAGAUAAUAUCGUCAGUAGCGGAAAGAAACAUGACAAAAUUGUAUUGGCCUUUUCACCAAGAAUAUUAGUCUUUCAAAACUUUAAACCUAACGAUAAAGUGGUUGCAAAGUUUUCUGUAAAAAAUAUUAGUAAUGCUCCUACGUGUCUUAACAUGGUGUAUAAGGAGUCAUCAUAUUUCUCUAUCAAGCCGUGCGGUGGUACACUUUUGUGGCGGCUAGCUCCUGGAAUCAGUGUUAUGUUCGCCGUUACCUUUACCCCCGUCCAGUACGAGGACUACACGCAUAGAGUCACUUUCUACACUGAUAUAGAUCAGUAUGUUAUGCCUUUAAUAGCAAUGGGCCCAAGACCCGUGUUCGAUUUUCCAGAUUUGGUAGAGAUACCAAAAACACCUCUUAAAGUAGAGAAUCAAGUUUUAAUGACUGUGCAUAAUAUUGGUAUGGUCUCCGCAGGUUUUACGCUAUCAACGAAAUGUCCAUAUGCUGUUCAGCCUAAAUCUGCUUACUUAAAUCCAAAUGAGAAGAUAGACAUUAAAAUUACUUUUAAAACAAUGAAUCUUGGAGAAACCCAAGGAUCAUUGAUGGCAACCUUUGAAACCGGUGAAAACUUCAAGAUUCAAUUGACUGGAACGACACAUACAGUUAGCGUAGAUUUGGAAAAGGAAGUAGUUCGUUUUCAGGACACCUACAACACCAUGAUUCGACAGCAAACGUUCAAGAUUACUAACAAAUCCAAUCACCUGCUUACGUACAUGUGCAUGAAAAAUGACUGCGUGUAUUAUGAUUUCGAAGAUAAAGUGAAAUUGGCCACGAUUUUUUAUAACCUCAAGGACAGUGAAUCAUCCAAAUACAUGAAACUGGUGCAAUAUGAUGUUCUGAGCAGCGAAGAGCAUGAGAGAGUGUAUACGAGGAUUUUCUUUGAUGAAAUUCAGGCUCUGGUUGCAGAUGAAACCUUGACCUUUCAAAAUACGCAUUUUUCUAUAACGCCUAUUAAAGGAAAGUUAUGGCCUAAGAAAACAACGGAACUAACCAUAACCUUUUUCCCGAAAGAAGUAGGAGAAUUUCAAGCAAAAGCUUAUUUGGACAUCGACGGUGUUAGUAACAGAGUGCCACUGAAAAUGGUUGGCAUCUCUUUGCCUCCCUCCAUCCACCUGAACUUGGAAACUCUGGACAUGGAUUGCGUUUAUAUCAACAAAACAUAUAACUAUGAAGUAGUUGCUAUUAAUAAAGGGCAUAUCAAUGGAGUGAUAGUGUACAAGGAAGUCCCAACUUUAUUCGGUAGUCGAAUUACGUGUUCGCCUGAGUUGCAUUGCUUACGCCCAGGCGACAAGGAGGUUUUUGUCAUAUCUUUUUGCAACUCCAAUCAGGGUCCUUACUUUGAGGAAAUAAACUUCAUAAUUCGUGAUACUAAAGUGGUGCUGAAAUUAUAUUUAAAGGGUGAAGUUAUCUAUCCAUCCCUGAUGUUCAGUGUACCAUGUUUAGAUUUUGGCAUGGUUAGCCUGGGGGUACCAAAAACUUUGGAGUUAGACGUCAUCAACGAGUCAGUGGUUCACGUGCGUGGCUCUGUGAAGAUUUCAUCCGAUGGCCCUGAAAUAAGCAGCAUUACUCUAGUAGACUAUGCUGUCACUGACAAACCAAAGCCUGAAGUUCCUCAGUGGCCGAGGGAAUUCAAUAUUGAACCUUGCAAGAUUGAUAUGGAAGCAGAAUCUAGAGUUUCUUUAAAGGUUACGCUGACAGCGAAUUUAAUAAGAGCCAAUCAGACGUCGCUCGAACUGGAAUUAGAAAAAUCUGAUAGCCCGCCUAUCGUUCUACCAGUAACUUUUAAUGCGAUGGUUCCUGAAAUUUCACUUGCACCUGAAAUCAAGCUGCGUGCGUGUUUUUUGGAUUAUGCUUAUAAAAGUGAAAUAUGUGUCACUUCAAAUGAAUUUUGGGGGUAUUUCACGCUGGUAGAGCCGGAUGAAGAAUCAACAUUAGAGGUGGAUGUCAGUGUAAAGGAAGGCUUAAUCGAACCAAAUAGUACAAUAUGUUUGCCCGUCACAAUAAAAACGAGUAUCCUUGGUGUCCAAGAAUAUGGAAUCAAAUUACACCUAUUUGGACAAUCAAAACCUAUAGAAGUCUGUCACAUAACUGGGUGUGGAGUGCGACCAAUAGUGACAUGUACACCGAUAGCUCUACAUUGGGGUCAAGUUAAGCUGUUGACCAAAUCACAGAAAAUACUGACACUCUGCAAUGACUCUCCCGUUCAAGUAAAUUUCAAAGCUUCUCUGUUGAAUAAAGACGGUAGAUGGCAUAUUCAUCCAACUGACGGUCAUAUUGACCCUGAAUCUGAGACCGAUCUACUUUUGACUCUAUACUUGCUUGAUGCUGAUACUUAUACAAACAAAGCAGUACUGCAGUUAGAAAAAGUAAAAGAUAUUCUAGUCCCUUUAUCGGCCACUGGAGUUGGAACUAGUAUAUUAGUUGGAGAACUGAGAGACAGAAUAUUCUUGGGCCGACAUUUCACAAAAAUCCCUUUAAAUUGCAAAGUGACAAUGGAAAAUUGUGGAACGCGUAUGCACGCACUUGAAUGGAGCGAACAUUAUAAGGCUCCUAAAACGAAGACCCACACUGUAGGAUUUUUCAAUCUGGAUCCUAAAGUGUUUAAAAUGGCUGCCGGUGAAAAAUUAGAAUUGGCAAUCACAGGAUUAUCUUACAAAGUGACCACUAUCAAAGAAAUGUGGUAUCUAGUCGGUAGCGUCGAAGGGAUUAAUAAAAAAGAAUUGUUGUUAGAAUGUCAAAUAGCUGCUGAAUUUGUGGAUCCUAAGAUAGAGGUAUCAUCGUCGGUGAUUGAUUUUCAGUACGAUUAUGGGCCCUACAGUGAAUUUUACAAAUUAACAGAUAUUGUUACAAUCAAAAAUGUUUCUAAGUUACCUUUGGACAUGGAUAUAAGUGUGAAGCCACCGUUUGCCAUAAUACAGAAACAAGAAACGUAUAAAAUACUGCCCGAAGAAGAAAAUUUAUGUUGCUGUAUAUGCUACAAAGAAUCUGAUUUGAAUGUACCAAAUCUUAUAAGUGAAGUCGGUCCCUGCCAAUCGCGGAUAUUCAUUGAUUACUUGACACUAAAGCCAGUUGAACCCCUAAGAAAAGAACCCUUGCACUUCUUUCAAGACAUUAAUAAAAUUAAAAUGGCAUUUAACUUGACACAUGCUGUAGAGGAAACAUUAGAAGAUCAGGAAGUUAUGAAAAUCCAAAUCUUAUUUGAUACCACGAAACAUUUAUCUCUUAAAUCCAAAGUGUACUGUGACCUAAUGAGAGUUAAAUUCAAAGGUCAUAAAAAUAAGGAUGCAAUCAAACUGAUAGGGAAGAUAAAUUUUCCAAAUAUCUUUGUGUUGUCGCCAAGAGUGGAUUUCCAAUGCAUUUUAAAUGGAAGUUUAGAGAGCAAAACAAUCAAGAUACAAAACAUAACACCACUUUUAGUUUGUUAUAGGUUUCAGUGGAAAAAAUGUAUCAUUAGCACGUUGACGUUGCCACAAUUUGAAGUACCGAAAAAUGAGUACGGUAGUAACAUAACAGAACCCAAAUCUUUAACCGACGCGACUGAACCUAGUGUUGGUGACUUGCACGAAAUUAUGGCUUGUCAUACACCAGACGAAGGUUUAGAUAAAGCUGCAGAAUUAGAAGGGAUUCCAAAGGAAAUUAUAUCAACUGUACAUGAUAUAACAGCUGUAGAGUCAAGUUUGGAUGACUCUGAAGAAGAAUUCGAGUUCAAAAAAACUAGAAUCAUGAAGAAAGUGGCACCCAUGAUAGACUCACAAAUUGAGUCAGAAUUUCCGUGGAUUUAUAAGUUUGCAAAGAUAAGCAAACCCACAAAAAUAAACUUGAAUGAAGUUCUACAAUUGAUACCACAUCGAGGAUUACUCAAACCGAAUGAGGUUCAAUUCGUUCAUGUGAUAUUCAGGCCAAGAGCUAAUAUCAAUGUACGGGCAAUACUAGAAUGUGAGGUGUUGGGAGGGCCACCUGAAACUGUUAUUGUUACAGGACAGAGUUCAGACUUAAUGUAUAAACUAAAUACACAGAAGUUGAAUUUCAAAAUAAGAUCUUUUCAUGAGCACGCCUCCGAAGAAUUGUUCUUACUUAACGUCGCUCAAUUGCCUUUUGAGUAUAAAACGUAUUUGAAUGAGCCUAAAUUUGAAAAUGAACUUGAAGGCACUAUUCUCGAUAUCGUGCCUCCUGAAAAAAUAUUGGACCCCGAAGAAGAGGCUGAAAUAAAAAUUAUAGUGCGACCUGGCGUGGUCGGUUACUUUAAUAGGGUGUUUUUAUUAGAAAUCGGCCAUUUACCGCAUAUCCCUAUAGAAAUAUUUGGUUGGGGUGUAAUUCCUCAAGUUUACUUAUCUCUACAAAGACCCAGCAUGAUUAUGCUGAACCCAGAAUAUGGAUAUCAAGCAAUUCCUACAUUAACAAUGGAGUAUUUGGAAGCAGUAAGCGAAUUUUUCAUGAAAGGUACUUCAGAACAUUUAAAUUCGCCGCUGACUGAAAAAUGUUUUGAAGAUCCUGAUUUUCAGCAAGAUUGGCAUAUCUGUUCUGCUUGGGAUGGAUAUCCAUCUAUCAUGGACAUUGAGUUAGCAAUAGAGAGAAUGCUAGUAAUUAACCACAUAAAACUUAAACCAGAGUUAUUAACUGCAUAUUCAACUUCAUCAAAAAUGGGACCAAUUCCUGGAUUUCAAACCACUCCUUAUGUGAUUGACUAUGGUGUGGUGAUUACCGGUAGCACAGUGCAAUGUACAGCUGAAAUAAUAAACUACGGACCAAUUCCCACCAAAUUACAUUUUGCAAAAGGAACCCAAGUUCCCACUUGGCUGGGUCUGAAACUUUGCGGGAAAUUAGUUCCUGGUGAAACAGGAAAGCUGGAAGUGACGUUUGCUCCUACUUCAAAUGAUUUUACGGAGUUGGAACAGAAUGUCGAAACUUUUUUCAAUUUAGAAGUCCCGUAUGGAGUUACUAUCCCAAUUUACAUCAAGGCUUUAUGUGCAGUUCCAUACUUAAUAUCCAAUGUUUCAACAAUUAAUUUUGGUUCUGUGAGGUGUGGGGACAAGAUCAUUUCAUCUAUACCCCUUAAAAAUGUAGGCAAACCAACUUGUAUAUGGUAUGUCACAUUGCGUUUGAAAGCUCCUGGUCAUAAUCCUAUGAUGGUUUUGGACAGUUCUGGAAAAUAUGAACCAGGCGAAGGUGGAUGGCUAAGUGUUGCUUUCAAACCUAAUAUGGAGAUGACGUACGAAGGUCUACUAAUAUUCAGAUUCCACAUGAAUCCAAACAGAAUGACCAUACCAGUAACAGGACAAGGCAUUUUGCCACAUGUGCACAUAAUAGGACCUAACGUUAACUUCCCACCCACUCUCCCGUGGGCAGAGACCACUGAUAUUUACUUCGGACUCACGAAUCCUUGCCCGUUUCCAAUUGAACUGAUAAUAGCCCACAGUGACAUCAAAUGGAAAGAAGAGGAAGAAAUGUAUCAGUUACUUUAUAAGUAUUACAAUAAACCUGAAGAAAUGUUAGUACCUGCAAUAAGGCCAGGUGCUGGAAUGCCUAGUGAAAUAGUUCACUUUUAUAAGAAAUUCAACGAAAAUGUUAAAAAGAGCAUUGACGAGGAAGCUGCUGCUAUGAAAGCAGCCAGUGCUAAAAUGUCACCAGCAGCUGCAAAAAAGGCGAAAAGUCCAAAAACAGCUCCAAAAUCUGCAACGACUAAAGAGGUCCAACCAAGGAAAUUCCGAACUGAAGCUGAGAUUAUAGCAGAUGAAAUAAGAUCGAUGAAGGAAAAUAGAGUAGAUCCUCUGAAAGAAUGUUUGCACGUAUUUGAUCACAUAUCUACUGAUUCUGGAACUGAUAGGCGUUCCAAAGGAAUCAUAAUAUUUGUGCAUGGCUCUCCUUGUGAAGAAAUUCACUGUCAAGAAAUAGCUUAUUCAUUGGGGAAAAGCCUAGGCAUACCAACUGUUAACAUUGACUUCUGUAUCGUGCAAGCACUGUGUGAGAGUAAUUGCGCAGCCAAAAUUAUUUUAGUGAGCGCAAUCAAUGAAAUGUAUCAAAUGUCACGAAAAACUGGCAUGAGAGGUGACUCUGAUACGAACGAGGAAGAUUCUGAAGAGGUGUUUGGAGAUACAGAAGAUGAGUUUGAAAUUAUUUGGAAGAAAAUCGAGUUCAUGGCCAACAAUAAGAACGUUGGUACACCUAGAUCUAAAGCAAGCGAUAAAAAGAAGAAAAAGUCGCCUACAUCUUCGAUUGCUUCUCAUACAGCUCUGGGAGCGUUGGGGUCUUCAACAAUGUUUCACAUGGAUUUGGUUACAGAACUUCUAACUGAUUUCUUUAGUCAACCAAAAUUCAAUCGUGGAUUUGUGGUCGAUUCUCUAACAAGUAUCAUGUUGAAAAGUCCCCCUGUUGUGCUAUCUUCAGUUCUGAAGUGCAAAACUAGCAUAUGGAACAUACAUCUUGUUUUGUGUCAUUCUGAUUUUUACAAAUGGGCUCAAGCUUACGAGGAGGCGCAGCGGGAAAAUGAUCUGAUUGAUGAAAAUGUUUCAAAAGUAUAUGAUGAAACGGAAAUUGAAGAAAUUAUAAAAUCUUUUGAAGAAAUGGACGACGAGGAAUACAGCACAUCCCCUCCUGAAUUAAAAUCAAUAUACGUAUCCUAUGGCUUAGAAAUGAGGCGCAGGAAACUAUUUGAAAAGAGAGGAUAUCCCAGUGAAGUAUUAAAAAAAGAUAAAGGUGGUAGAGAUCGAAGCAAAUCUUUAUUGGUGAUUGAUGGCUCUGAAUCAAAAAAGAAAAUUAAAAAGGACGAUGCUAAAGCUAAACCGACUAACGAGUAUGUCCUUAUGAACACUAAGUACAACGAAUAUAUGAAAAACACAUAUGAAACCCUUAUCAAUAUGGCUAAUAAUUGGGUUAUAGAAGAAUGUGAUAUAGGGAGUCCACUUUACGGUUUCAAUGGUCAGGUCGUAGGUGCCGCUCAAAAAAAAGCAAAAAAGAAGUCAGAAGUUCAGUUACAGAUAUCUGAUGUCAGCUUUUCUGAGAGGGGGUUCCCUCUAACGUUAAUAAUGUGUCCAUGUCUUCGCUAUAAAAAAGCGCUAAUCAGAAUGUUUGAAAGUUCACCACUGGUUCAAGAAGCGUUGAGGGAAGAAGAAGAAUAUGAUAUUCUAAAAUGUCCCGUGAACAGAAAAGAAUUUACCGUGUUACUGCCAAAAAGCUUUCCACACAUACAUCAUGAAGAUCCUUUGAAGUGGCGAUACUUGGAUGAACUUCCGAUUAAGAAAUGUGAAUGUAAUCAACUCACUGACCUUAAUUUAUUGGAUGAUACCACGCAAGAUAAUGUUUUAAAUAUUCUUUCUAAAUGGCAUUGCACGUGUGGCAAAAAGGUCACUUCGUCGCAAACAUCUACAAGUGAGAUACCAUCUACAUCAAUCGAAAAGUUAGUGGAAGAAGACAGCGAGGAGGAAAUCUUUCAGCCUCUACCUUUGCGUAGCGUUAAGUCGACAUCAGCCCACUCUGACCGUUUAGUUCUUCACCCUGGCGACCUAGUCCGCUGUAAAUAUUCGUUCAGCCCACAGUUGGAAGGAAAUUUCAGUGUGAAACGAUUCGUUGAAGUUAGCGGGUGGCCAGAAUCAAGAGUAGAUAUCAAUGUGAAUGGAAUAUGUGAUUUACCAAGAUUGGAUAGCAGACCUAAGAAAAUGUUCGAAAAUUUUGUUAGAAGAACGCUAGAAGACAAUGUAUACAAAAUAACAUACUUGGAUGACCUGAAAUUAUUUGAAUUUGGCCCUAUUUUUGUGGGAGCUAACAGGAUCUAUGAGGAGGAAUAUGUCAUCGAUUUGAAAAAUUCUUCAUUGAUAACAGCUGACAUUGAAAUAGAGUUUUUGGAAGAAACAACGAUCUUCCAAAUAGAUAAAACAUUUAUUCGUUUAGAGCCUGGAUGUAGAGGAAAGUUGACGAUAUCUGCUGCCCCAGCAGACGUGGGAGUGCAUCAAGUUGUCUUGUUGUUCUGCGUCAAAGACAAUCCUGAGAUAGUAACUGUCAACAUUGCAUGUAGCGGAGUAUUGCCAGUAGUGGAAAUCUUACCACUCACUAAAAUGAUUGAGUAUGGAAAACUACUAUUAUACCGAAGAGAGGAUGAUAGGUUUAUUGUCAAAAACGACUCUAUAUUGCCUGUUAUGUGGAAGAUUCGAAAUGCUUCAGAUUUCAUUGAAGACUUCAUAAUCGCUCAAACUUCAGGGAUUGUUCCCAGGCAUGACAAUCAAGUCGUUCCUGUAACCUACAUUGCUUGUAGAGUCGGAGUCAUUGGACAUAAGCCGCUUAUAAUUGACAUCUACGAUGCUGAGGGACGAGGUGAUCCUAUGGUCAUCGACACACUCUUUUUAUCUGCAGAAUGUUACGAUGUCAUGGUCGAAUGUGCCUAUGAAAACCCUAAUGAGACUUUACUUAAUUAUGGCAAUGUUAAGGUCAACUCAACUGUUAUCCGAGAAAUGUAUUUGUUGAAUAGAGGCAAAUAUAACAUCUACUUCAAGCUAAAAAAAGUCAAGAACUUCCCAGAGCCGUCGCUUCUACGAUCUUUUGAGGCAACACCUGAAUGUGGUCUCAUACCAUCUACUCUGAAAUUGGUCACCAUUGAAUUUGAAUGUACUCCGACAUCAUCUAUGAACUUGGUGAACGUCCCGGCGUACAUUUGCUCUUUGUUGGACGGCAGCAAGGAUCAAGUUGUGGUGGCAAAGUUUCCUGUUUACGUCACAAUAGCAUCAUUCUACAACACGUUUACUCUUUUCCCAUUGGGUGAGUUGAAUUUCCACAUCAUACCGGUUGGAAGUGGAGUCAUGAGAGAAGUUAUUCUGAAUAACACGAGUAAAUGUCCCGUAACAUACGAAAUAGUUCUACCAAAGCAAUAUCAACCAGAUCCAGAUAAUCCUCUUCAGGCGAAAGUUAAAGAUAACAAAAUAAAAAAUCCUCCACUAAAAUGUGGGAAUUUCCUAAUAAUGAAUGAUGACAAUCUUCUUGCUCCUGGAACAAGUAGAACGAUAAGCAUGCAGUUCCUGGCAACAGCUGCAAGAAAAUUUGAGGAGACUAUCAAAUUCAUUAUAAGUGACACGUGUCCUGCUGAAGCGCAGGGCGUGCCUCUGAGACUUGUGGGCACGGGAGCAAUGCCUACUCUAGACUUUUGGAAUUUGGAAACUACAUUUAGAGAGCACUUGAUAGUCAAAAGCUUAUCGGAAUACAAAGUUCCUGAGUCGUCACCGCAUUGUGUAUUCGUGGAAGAUUCUGUUACACUACAUUUCUUUUGCGUGACUGUAAAUACUAACUUAAUGGGAGCCAUAGAUCUUUACAAUAAUGGAUUGGUGGCCUGCGCUUUGAAGAUGAAGCUACACUAUCAGUCCAACUCAAACCAAGACAUAUUUUCGUUGGAUAAAUAUGAGACUCAUAUAGAACCACUGUUGCAUAAGUCUCUGGGGAUCAUAUUUAGCCCCAAAUCUCUUCAGGAGUACCGAGCAGUUCUAGAAAUCAAAUUAAAGCUACUUGAUAACCAAGAGCAAUCAUUCAAAAUAUGCUUGAUAGGCGAGGGAGUGAUACCUAGAAUACGAUUGGUGUCCCCGCAAAUAAGGCAUCACAGGAUUUCUUUACUGCAGUUCCCAGUAACAUGUCUUGGUUCAAUAAGCAAUAAGCCUAUUCGAUUUAAAAAUAUAAGCUCUGUGAAAAGUAUGGUCAUAGCGACUGUCAGUCAGCCAUCCUACGACGAAAGACCUGUUUUUUGGCUGACUGCUGCCACAGACAAUGAACACAUAAUCGUAGUUGGAAACAACGAUAAAGAGAAUAUAUCAAUGAAAGUUAUCAUAAAGCCAUCGGAAAUCGCUACACUAAUGGUUCAUUAUAACCCAUUCAGGAAAGGCAGAAUUGGUUGCGAUGUGAAAUUAACGAUUGUCGAUAAUCCUUUCGAGUACUUCACGAUUUUAUGUGAAGGCGAAGCUUUUAUGGAAGAUGUCAUAUUGUUAGGCCUUGAGAUGCUCUCAAUGGAUAUGGAUUUAGAAGCAUACAGGACUUCUAUAGACGGGACAAUGUCGACGGUUUCCACGGUUGACAGUCGAAAGAAAAGUAAAAGUGCGACACUUGAUAAAGGUGAAAGGAAAAAGUCUAGAGCAAUAGAACCAAAGAAAAGCAAAAGAACGUCGGUGGGGUCUAUGAAGCAGAGUGAAUCGGGAAGUUUGGAUCCGUCUGUGUUAAAAUAUGUACUAGAUUUUGGCGGAUGUGAGAUAUGUUCAGUACAAAAACGAUCAGUUGUAAUGGUAAACAAUUCUGAAAAAGUAUACAAGUUUGAAUGGAUAAAUGUGGAGAAUAUUUGCAUAAAACCGUCCAUGGGCUACAUUUCACCUGGCGAGGAAAAAGACUUAGAAAUAAUGUUCUUUUCAGCACAGCCUGUAGUACUGAAAAAGGAAUUACUCAACUGUACAUUAACAGCAAUAAAUGACGACACAUUAACAAUGGAUUUGAAAGGGACUACUUGGGAUAAUCGACAAAUAAUUACACUUUUUGGUCAAAAUAGAGAAGCGAGACUGAAUGAACGCUGUGAAACCAUAAUUGAUGAACAACCAAUGCCAACAUCAGAAGAUUGUUUUGGUGUUAUUCACAUGAUUAUAGUAUAUUCAGCCACGACAGAAUACACGAAGUAUUCUUGUACAUUGAAAGAAGAAAAGAUAUUGAAGGAUACUUUUAUCUAUCAAACUAGGAGAUUCGAAUUCAAAGUGCAAAACAUUGGGAACGUACCAUUGAAAAUGGCAUGGAACUUUGUCAUUGACGACGAAUAUCCUGCAAGGAUCGACAAGUAUAUUACAAAAGACAAGGUAAAGUGCAACUUUUCAGAUUUUCUAAAUACAAAAAAAGGAAGAAAAAGGUAUAAAGCAUCCAAAUACAUUAAGAAUUAUAUUAAAUUGAAUGACUUAUAAGAUAUUUCCUCCUCAGCUCCCAGCAAGGUUACAUUAUUUAGUGGAAGUGCAGACCGGGAAAGUGUAGAUACUUGGUUUGAGAUAGAUCUUCCAUUCGAGAUACAACCUGCAAAAGAAUGUCUCAAGCCUCGAGAGAGUCGUACUUUCAAAGUUACGUUCGCUCCGUUAGAGGCAUUUGAUUUUAAAGUUAAACUAAAGAGUACCAUAGAGAAUUUAGAUCCGUAUGAUCAAAACGCGACCUGUAAAAUAACAGCCAAAUCCUUGAUCCCAUAUUGCCACCUGGACAUCGAAGAAAGUGAUUAUCUCACAUCGGGGCGUAGGAAGGUGACAGGAGUGGCGCUGCCUCCACACAUGACAGUCUUGGAAUUUAAUGUUCUUGGCUCAGGAUGUUAUAAAAAGACUUUUAGCGUCAUCAACCCUACCAGUGAAGCAUACGAGUUCAUAUUUGAGAUGGUGAUGUCUGACAAGCCUGAACUGAUCCCUGUGCAUUGCAAUAUGUUGAAGGGUUAUGUAGAGGGUGGGACUUCCAGUGAUGUUACAUUUACAUUUUCUCCCACAGCUCCUGGGGUCUACGAAUCCCAAUGGAAGUUUGUGAUACCAGUGUACAAUUUGGUUAUGAAUUUGCUAGUCGUGGGACUAGUCAGGGAACCAGAAGUAGUGUUUGUACCAACUAUCCUGAUCAUAAGGAACUCGCUAGUCAGUUUCACUACGACCCAUAUUGUGAAACUGAAGAACAAUGAAAAUGAAGGUUUGAGAUUUGAAUUCAAAGGAAACUCGUUAUGUAAUGAAUCUGGUAAAACACCGGUUAUAGUUGACCCGGAUCAUGGGAUUUUGAAGCCACGCUCUGAAACACCUAUCAAAAUUAUUUAUACGCCAAUAGACGACGGGCCGCUAUCAUUCAAAAUAUUCUGUAGCAUCACCUACAUGACGAAGUUUUUAACUUUAUGCGUCAAUGCUCUAAGUUACUUAAUUAAACCAAAAGUCACGUACUAUUUAAUUGGGAAUGAGCAUGUGCUUAAUAGUGACUCAAUCACGAAUAUUCACUUAGACCAGACUGCUUCAACGUACGAGAGGACGAUCCCCUUCACUAUUAAAAAUGACGGCUCUGCUACCUUCUUUUUCGACUGGCACUACAACAGUAGUCCCGUAAAGAAAUAUCUGCAAAUCAGCGUGGAACCUAAGAGUGGUCACGUUACACCAGCGAACGAAGUCGAAUGCACACUCUACUUCACACUGAAACAAGUGCCUGUACAAGCUUUCCCAGUUACUCUAAAUAUUUCAGAUGGUCCAGAAUAUAGCAUAUAUCUUCACGCAGAAAUAGAGAAGCCGCCUUAUCACUUUUCGUGUAUGGAAUAUGAUUUCGGGAAGUGCAUCGUCAAUGCUCCAGACCCUACUUACAAGAAAAACAUAGCUUUUAUCAAUGAGGACAAAGUGCCAUUGAUUCUGGACUUGAACUUCUCCAACGUUGCCGAGUUGUUUGUCGACUACGGAGAAAUGGCCCAUAUCGAACCAGGCAAACGAUUAAAAAUUCCAAUUUUCUUCCGGCCAAAACAAGUCAAGGAAUACGAGUUCAAAUUGCAGUUUUGGGUCAAUUCAUUAUGCGAAGAAAUUGUCACGAUCAAAGGAGAAGGUGUGCCUCUAUUGUUUGAUUUGUACGAAGGUUGCCAAAAGAGUUUUGAUCUCGGGGCUGUGAAAGUGGGAGAAAAAAUAAUUCGCCAAAUAGAAGUGAUGAAUCACAGCAAAGUGCCGAUUGAAGCCACGUUUAUAUUCCGGGAUAUGUACCCAGUGGUAGAGGACACUACUAAUUCUGAAGCGACUAGCGUGUGUCUUAGCCCAAGCGCAGCCAAUACUCUACAAGGAGCAGACACGGGUCCUUCUAGAGUCAAAAUGCUACAAACAUACAAAGACGACAAGAUUCGGGAGCAAAUUGCGAUGGACAUACAGAAUGCUUUGUCUUCACUAAAGGUGGUGCCCAAUAAAUGCAUAAUAAAACCAUACAGAAAAGUACCGCUGAAGAUACAAUUCAAGCCUGUUGGGAUGAUAAGCACGCUCAAUGUUCAGUUAAAUAUGAAAGUGUUCAAUUUCGAAAGGCCUCUGGUGCGCUUGAGUGGAAGCGCGACGGGAAUGAGCCUCUGCUUCAGCCAGAACUCCCUGCAAUUUGGACGCGUGCGCAAACGAGGAUGCAAGAUAUUGAAAGUCAUGUUACAAAAUAAGGGCGACUUUGGAGCUAGAUUCUGGUGGCAACCUUUAAUAUCGAACGAGUUUACUAUAUCUCCGGUGCAAGGAAAUAUAGCAGCGCACACCAAUGUUACUUUCACAAUAACUUUCAGACCUAUAAAUCAUAAUCCGUUCAUAAAAGUAUGGGCCAGUUGCAAUAUCGAAAAUUAUAUGCCACUUGAGAUAGCAAUGUAUGCUACCUGUGUGGACAUGGGAAAUGUUCAGAAUAAGACGAUGUAUUUAGAGUGCCCUGUACGAGAGGUUCAAACUGAUUAUGUAGUUGUUACGAAUCCGUCUGAUGACAUGUGGCUCGUUUUGAGUGAGGUAUCAGGUGGGCCCUUUGAAACCCUCAAAGAAUUUAACAUCGAGCCGAAUUCGACCUUCGAUAUCCCAGUACAUUUCAAGCCGAAAACUAUCGGGAAACAUGAGGCUCAAGUGUUAUUCUCUCCUCUCGGCGAGAGUGCCCUGUUCGUAUCAUUGAUAGGCGCCGCUCUGCACCCGAACCCCAAUGGAAACAUCACUAUUUCCGUGCCUGCCAAAGAGUUCCACGUGGAAGAACUGCUUGUUUAUAACAUCACUGAGUUCCCAGAAUCUUACGUGGUAUCAACAGAAGUAGCAAAAGUAAUCCCAGACAAGUUUGAAGGAUAUUUCGAAAUCAAACACCCAGAAACAAUAAAAGUAUGGGGAGAGGCUGCGGCCACAUGCCGAUUGACCUAUGUCUGUUACGAAGAAUGUGAAAUGCAUCUCAAAGUAAUGUUCAUCAAUGAACUGACCCGAGAAUACCAAUUCUACAACAUAAUAGUGACGGUGACGACUAGUCCGAUCGUAGACACGUUGACAUUCGUUUCACGUGCGCGGGAGUCGGUGCAGAAAGACCUCGUGGUGACCAACCCACUGGCCGAAGAAGCCAACUUCUUCAUUCGAUGCGAGAAGCUCCAAUGUCCUGAAGUGCUCAAAAUUAACAGGAAUUCCGAGGCAAUAUUAGUGCUGCUAUACUCUCCCUUGGUAGUCGGAGAAGUUGAGGACUACUUGGAGGUAUCGAACCAGCUCGUUGGCACCUAUGUGUACAAAGUUGUGCUCAAAUGUUUGCCGGCGAAAGUCAAGAACCUGGAAUAUACAACGUCUCUAGGCACAUGCAUGCCAUUGCGGCUCAGGGUCCACAACAAAACUGACGUCAAAACGGACUUUACUACAUCGAUUUCUCACCCAAGCAUUCAGGCUGAUAGAGACUAUACCUUGGGCCCAUUCGAAAAAGGCAAGCUGCUAGUUUGGUUUGAACCAACUGAACUAGGUGUUCAAGAAUGUAAACUUUCGUUCAAUUCUCCAGUAGCGGGAGAAUUCGUCUUCAAUAUAAAAGGAAAAGCAACUGCCCCUAAACCGCAAGGACCCUACGAAAUAAAGGCUGGCAGCUAUACAACUAUCACUUUCAAAAACGUAUUUGACGACAUCCGAAUGUUCAAAACAUCGAUAGAUCGUGAAGAGUUCUAUGUUAAAACAAAUUAUGAACCAGUCAGACCUAAAAAGGAUCUGAAAGUGAUUGUGUACCUGAGCGAGAAGCCCCCGCAAGGCUGGGACGAGCCGCCGACCGGCUGCCUCACGGUCGAGAGCUACGAGCCGUCCGAGCCCAAGGUGCAUUGGACCUUCUUCCUGCAAGGCAUUCCCUAGGAUUUACAUUUGAUUGCAUUUAUUAUCACAUUUCGAUCAAUAUGUAGUUUAU